AUGGAUGACGUCGGUCCUGCACAAACAGUGACUAAGGAGCCUUUCUCAUCCUCGUGCAUAAAAGUACUGCAAAAAUCACCCAAUGAAAAGUCCAGCAUUCAUUCGCCACUAAACUUGCUGUCCGAGUCUACUCCUAACAUGUCCCCAGCUCUUGAUCCAUCAGAGAAAGGCCUUCAGGUCGGUAUUCAAAGCUUGGAGAAGCAGAAUUUCGAUUCGGAGAUGGUUGGUCUCCAGUCUUCCCUCAAUCAUCCUCUCACAUCGAUGGAUUUCCGCCCCCAGGAUUAUCAAGGGCCUUGGGAGAUGAGUUGCCCUACUCCAACGCCGAUUUGCUUUUCGACGCACUUUUCAGGUAGUACACCCGCCUUCGUCGAAGCUGCGAUGGCGGAUGCAAGCAGAAACAUGUGCAGCACACACGACAUCGAAUCUCAACCAGACGGACAGGUCCAUAUGAUUACCUUGUAUACUACGCACUCCGUUCAUGAGCUCUUCCAUAUAUUAAAUGAUCAUAACAAAGAUCUAAGAGCACAAAACUUUCUCCACCUUCUAACAGGGGCGAAACUACCGCUCAGUCACGGUUUCUGGGUGACGAUUAAGGGGGAAAAGAUAAAGGAUGCCCUCAAUGACUGGAUGGUGAAAAUUAUUUUCGAAGUCGCUGAGUUUGAAGAUGGUGGCUCCAUAACUAUUCUGAAUAUUUAA